CCACCUUUAAAUAACCCACGACAUGACUAGAUGACCCAACUAAAACAAAAGAAAAAUGAGAAUCCUCCUUGGUUUCCUGCUCCUUUACCUCCUUCACAUCAACUUGAUAGAUAGCAAACCAUUACAAGAUGAACAAAAAGUCUUACUGAGCAUAAAAUCCUCCAUUACAGACGAUCCACAGAACACUCUUUCUUCAUGGAACACCACAACUAACCACUGCACUUGGCCCUUCGUUACUUGCUCUCAUUCUCCCACUAGUACUAGUACAGUCAUUUCUCUCGACAUCUCCAGCUUAAACCUCACUGGAAUUCUCUCUCUUUCUAAUAUAAGCUUACUCACCAACCUACAAAAACUCUCAGUUGCAGACAACUAUUUCUCUGGCUCAAUCCCACCUUCUCUUUCACUUCUAUCAAACCUCCGAUAUCUCAACCUUUCUGAUAACAUCUUCAAUGGCACCUUCCCUUCUCUAUCAUCGGUUAAAAGGUUAACUAUCCUCGACGUUUACAACAACUACCUCACUGGCUUUCUCCCUUUAUCCGUCAUUAAUAUGUCGGAGCUUCGGCACCUUGACCUUGGUAGCAACUACUUUUAUGGCAAGCUUCCUUCAGGGUAUGGUCAAUUGAAAAAUCUUAAAAAUUUUUACGUGGAUCAGAACAAUCUUGUGGGUGAAAUUCCACCAGAGUUGGGGAAACUUGAGAAGCUUGAUUCUUUGUUUCUUUGGUCCAAUUAUUUUUCAGGGGAUAUUCCCUCCGAAUUAGGUUCUUUGAAGACCUUGAUAUCUAUGGAUUUGUCAAACAAUACGUUAUCUGGUGAAAUCCCACGCUCUUUUUCUCUUCUCAAGAAGUUGAACUUUUUGAAUCUUUUUCAGAACAAGUUACAAGGGGUUAUACCAGAGUUUAUUGGAGAUUUGCCGGAGUUGGGAAUUCUUCAGCUGCGGGAGAAUAACUUCACUGGAAAUAUCCCGAAAAAUUUGGGGAUUAAUGGAAAGUUGCAAGUGAUAGACUUGUCGUAUAACCGCCUUACUGGGAGUCUAGGGAGCAAGAAACUUGCAGGAAACAGAUUAAAUGGCACCAUAAAAGCAUCCAUUUGCAGUUCGACAGAAAUCGCAAUCCUUGAUAUAUCCAACAAUUUUUUGACCGGUGAAAUUCCUGACUGUCUUGGAGAUACUAGCACUCAGCUCAUUGCGUUGAAUCUCCAAGCAAAUAUGCUCACUGGUACAAUACCUACAAAUUUCACAAAGUGUGAUUCUUUGAAGUAUCUAGAUUUGAGUUACAAUCAAUUAGAAGGGGUUGUGCCUAAGUCUUUGUCCCAAUGUCAAAACUUAAGCUUUUUAAAUCUCGAGAACAACAUGCUCAAAGAUAAAUUUCCCUCAUGGCUAGAAAGCCUUCCGCAACUGCAAGUUCUUAGCUUGAGUUACAAUAGCUUUCACGGUCUUCUUCUAACUAGCUCAUCAAAGGUUAAGCAUCCAUUUCCGAAGAUACAAAUUUUCGACCUCUCUAACAAUAAGUUUUGCGGGGAACUGCCAAUAAGUUACAUAAAAAAUUUUGCUGCCAUGAUGGAUAUGAAUGACUCUUCUAGGCUUGGAAACCCACAAUACAUGGGAAAUGGCUUUGUACAUUACCAUGACUUACGACUUUAUGAGUUAGACUACUUGUAUUCCAGUGUAUUGACAUUCAACCGAUUAAAACAAAAAUAUACUAAAAUCAUUACCUCUAUGGUGAUUUUUGAUGUGUCCAACAACAAUUUCAAAGGAGAGAUUCCUGAUUCUAUAGGACAAUUGCUCGCGCUCCGGGGCCUUAACUUCUCACAUAACCAUCUCACUGGGCACAUCCCUCCAUCCAUCGGAAAGUUGUCCUUGCUCGACUUUUUGGACCUUUCCUCAAAUAGACUCACUGGUCGUAUCCCUCAAGAAUUGGUUAGUAUAACAUUUCUUGAAAUUUUCAAUGUUUCUAAAAACCUAUUGGAGGGGUCUAUACCUCAUGGUAACAACUUUGAUACGUUCUUAGCUGAUUCGUACAUGGAGAAUCUUGGAUUGUGUGGACAACCAUUGGCCGAGUGUAGACCUAAUCGCUCACCAUCUACAGACAACACCAAAGAUGAUAGAGAUGCUUCUGACAAUGAUGGAAAUGCAUUAUCCAUGUGGGAAACCAUAAUAAUGGGCUUUGGUAGUGGUAUGAUAGUAGGGGUGGCUUGGGGAUACCAUAUGCUCUCAGUUGGAAAGCCCUAUUGGUUUAUUUGGUUAGCUCAUAAGAUGGAAUUGGCUUUGCUUGAUUGGUGUGAACCGAUUUGUAGAAGAGGAACAAGAACAAGAACAAGAGCAAGAAGAAACUAAGAUAUCCAAGUGUUGUGCAAUAUAAUGAUGGAGGAAUUGAUUAAAAUGUUUUAGCAUAUAGAAAGAUCUAAGUUGUAUAGUAUAUAUCAUGACACGUGUUCUAACAUAUGGCAUGAUUUACUUUCUGCAUGAUGUAGUUAGUGUUUGAAUGAUAUAGUGAGUUUUUGCUUGAUAUAGUGUGUGUUUAAAUGAUAUAGUGAGUUUCUGCAUGAUAUAGUGUCUGAAUGACAUAAUGAGUUUAUGUAUGAUAUAGUGUAUGUAUGAAUGAUAUAGUGAGUUUAUGUAUGAUA